AUGAACAGUCCAGAAGCGAUCUUCCAGCGAGAAAAGCUUGACGCUUUCAGACCCAAGAACGACACCGAGAACUGGACAGAACGACUAGUUCUCCGUUUUAACGAACUCGCUCUUCGACGCAUUCAUUCUGAAACCAAGCGUGGCUUCAACGCUCUCCUCGAUUCGUGCCUCAACGUACAACAGAAACUGCCGUCGUUCGAGGAGGAUGUCGAGAAGAGGGCGCUAAGAAGAGACCAAUUCCCAAGCGCCGAUGGCGAUGAUGUCCCUACGAAAAGGGAUUCGAACGUUGUCAAAAACCCAUUUGUAGCGGCAGACAGGUUGGAUAAUGCGUUAAGCAAGAUUGACGCUUCCUUGCGAGAUAUGAAGAAUGAUGAGGAUAAGCGAAAGUUUGAGAGAGACAUUCCGCAGGAUAUCAAGGACAAGAUCGAGAAGAUCCUGGCAGCGAACGUGGAGAACGGGCGGGUGUCUUGA